CCGUAUGGAGGUCGUCUGGAGGUCACCAUGCCCAAGGGCAACAACCUGGUGGUUCACUUCAAGGACAAGCAGCUCAUCCGCCACAAGAAGAGAUGGUCCCAGAUUAUGUACUUGUACUAUCUUCUGGGCUGGAAACUCAAGGCCAAAUAUUUCACGAGCAGUGAGAAGGAAAAGGAUGAGGACAACACCUACAUCUUGGCUUUAGAUGGGGACACAGACUUCCAUCCGGCUGCUGUGAUGCUGCUGAUCGAUCGCCUGAAAAUGUACCCGCUUGUUGGGGCGGCGUGUGGAAGGAUUCAUCCCACUGGUUCAGGUCCCAUGGUGUGGUUCCAAAAAUUUGAGUAUGCUGUUGGCCACUGGCUCCAGAAGGCAGCAGAGCACGUGAUUGGCUGCGUGCUGUGCAGCCCGGGCUGCUUCAGUCUGUUCAGGGCAGCUGCCCUCAUGGACAACAAUGUGAUGAAGACAUACCUCACCAAGUCCACCGAGGCCAGGCACUACAUCCAGUACGACCAAGGUGAGGACCGCUGGCUGUGUACUCUGCUACUGAAGCAGGGCUGGAGGGUCGAGUACAACGCAGCCUCUGAUGCUUACACCAACGCACCCGAGGAGUUCAAAGAAUUCUACAACCAACGUCGUCGAUGGACACCGUCCACCAUGGCCAACAUAGUGGAUUUGCUGGGCAGCACCAACAUCGUUGCCAAGAGGAACAAAUCCAUGUCCAAGCUCUACUUGUUGUACCAUCUCUUUUCCAUGGCAUCAUCUGUACUGGGGCCUGCUACCAUCUGCCUCAUGCUCGCAGGUAGUUUUACCUUCCUGUUGAAUAUUGACGGGAGCAGCGCUGUGGUCUUGGCUGUGAUACCUCCCGCUAUCUACCUGGGUCUGUGCUUCAAGGUCAAGUCCAACACUCAGAUCACUAUUGCAGCAGUCCUCAGCGUUUUCUAUGCCUUCUUGAUGCUGGUAGUGGGACUGACCAUCAUAAGCUCUAUGGUGAAAGAGCAAACCAUCCUGACUCCCAGCAGCAUCUUUGUCAUCGCCAUGUCAAUCCUGUACCUCAUCACCGGCUUGAUGCAUCCCCAGGAGUUUUCCCUCGUAUUCUAUGGUUUCCUCUACAUCCUCUGCAUCCCCAGCGCCUACCUCCUGCUGGCCAUCUACUCCAUGGUCAACAUGAAUAAUGUGUCCUGGGGCACCAGGGAGACAGCGCCUGCUCCUGGGGCUGCCAGGCCUGCAGCCGCCACCCCACAAACAAGAGUCCAGCAAGCCAGAAGCACGGUGGCAUCGUUCUUCCGGAAGCUCAGAUGCUGCAGAAACCUCUGUCCGAGGGCCAGCAGAGAGGAAGUCAGCGUCAGCCAGGAGAGCCUGACACCUGAGGGGCCACAGCCUGUAUCUCAACCACAAAACACGAUUGUGGAGGAUGUAGAGGCUGCUGUGGAGGAGCAGAGGCACGAGGAACCUGCUUUCACAUGUCCCCACCAAUGCUGGGUCUCACAACUGCAGAGCAUAUCUGAAGACAUGUACCUGCAAGAGGACACUCUGGACCAGGAUGAGACAGAGUUCUUUGGAGAGCUGCAGGCAAAGUACCUGUAUCCUCUGCCUGAGGACAAAGAGAAACAGAAAAAAAUCACCAAUGACCUUCGAGAACUGAGAAACAAGAUUACUUUUGCAUACUUCAUCUGCAAUGCCCUGUGGCUGGUGGCAACAUUCACCCUCCAGUUCCUCCAGGCCAACAUCUUCAUCCGCUUCCCCAAAGUCACCGUCGACCUGGAAUUGACCGAGGAGUUUAUCACCGUCGAACCCAUCGGAUUCAUGUUCAUCCUGGGCUUUGCCUUGUUGAUCCUGAUCCAGUUUCUGGCCAUGCUGUACCACAGAUUUUACACUCUAAUCCAUUUUGUGGCGUUUGAGGGAACUGAGUCCAGGACCUCGAAAACUCAAAGCAAACAGGUCACGGAUUCUGAAAUCGAUGACACCGAUGAGGUUUUGUUCCCAGACCUGCUGAGCAGAACUCAUGAUGGUGGGACUCUGGUGUGAAGGAGAGCAGGAGAACACAGCUUCUGCCUGCAGCCAAGAACCUUUUCUUUCUUGUUUUUUUUUUUUUUUUUUUAGCACUUUUACAAAAGAAACAGGUUAACCCCCUAAAAUCCACCCUAUAUAUAUAUAUUUUUAUUUUCACCUGUUUUAGCAUGCUCAGAUGAGAACACACUUAUAAGAGAAGAAAUGUGUGGCCAAAGUGCAGGUGUGAUUCCUCAUUUGAAAGGCAACAUCCUCUCAUUUCUGAAAACUUCAACUCCAACAUGAAGGGAUUUUUUUUUUUUUUUUGGUCUCUCGUCUUCAGUAAGUCAUAUUUGAAUAGUAAUAUGUAUGGCAUGCUCAGUGUUAGAAAUAUGAAAAUCACCACGCAUCUUUUACAUCACGUCUAUUACAUCUGUGUAAAAGUUUAGACCUCCGUGCCAAACUGUACAGGAGCGAGUGAGAUUUUAGUUUGUGGUGUCUCUCAACCCUAACCCUUAUGCAUGUGUGUAUGUGUGUGUGUGUGUGUGUGUGUGUGUGUGUGUGUGUGUGUAUUGUUAAUGAAUGAUAGAAAGCAGCAUAUCACUGGCACUACUUCUCAGGGAUUCGAAGAUAUAAAUAUAUUUCACAGUUUUCUGAUGUUUUUGAUAUUCAGUCAUUAGAUAGCUAGUAGAUAAAUAAGCAGGUCUUAAACAGGGCGAUGGUCUCAAGCUGGAGUCCAGGUGGAACAAAUAGUCCAGUCAAACGCACCAGAACUUAAAAUAGAAAUAGCUCUACUGUAAGAAACUCACCUUAUUCAAUCAUAAGCUUGUACGUUAAAACCAAAAUGGGUCGGAUGGGUUUUUCAUUUCAGGAUUUCAUGGUAAAGUUGGGGAGUAGGGAUGUCGAUACAUGGGAAAAAAAUGGUUUUGUGCUAAAAUUCAAACGUUUUGGGAGAAUGUUACUCAGUUCCUCGGAAAGAUUAUGGGAAAUAACGUUGGCUGCGAUCCUUUAAUGUGUCUUUUGGAUGACACAGCUGGAGGAACCUGGUCCAAACACAAAAAAACAGACUGUGGCUUCAAACAUUUCUAGAGACGAUUUCCAUGGAGGCUUUCACCGCCUCAAGUCUCUCUGAUGUUUAUAACGAGGAACAACCGUGGAAAACCGUGAUGGACUUCACUGGCAAAACACCUGCCUGUUUGUUUUCACUGUUGAUUGUUUAUUUAGUUUAUCCUCCAGAGCCCCAUCACAUGUAUGCAUAUUUAUUUGAUGAGUGUGGUGUAUGUAUAUGCACUUAGGUAUAUUUAUAUAGACUAUGGGUAAAUUGGUGUAGGUUUGUAUGUUAGGCAUACCUACUUUUGCAGUAGUUUACCUCUUUAUUUAUUUAUUUAUUUAGUUAGUUUAUUACAAAUCUUUAUAUUCUUUUAUUCGAUUAGCAUUUCUGUUAUUUUGUUCAGAAAUGUUUUGGUAUAUGAGAAAUAUAGGAUAUUUCCUAUUUUUUUAUUUGUUGAAAACGGUGUCUCUGAUGUUUACUGUUUACUGUAGGUAUUGGGAUCAUCGGGUCCUUUUUCAGUGAAUACCUUGCACUGUCACUUCUUGUAAGCCAUCCGU